AUGGGUGGAGGACUAGUAGCAGAUGAUUUCUCAGCUGAUCGUACAGAGUUGCUAAUGGUGCCGGAAUCUUCUCCAGAGGAAAAAUCUGUUCUGGAGGUUUCUUGUGAUUUGGUUGUACAGCAGAAACCUUCAAGAACUCUAGUUCUGCUCGGGCGAUCAGGUAACGGGAAAAGUGCGACAGGGAAUAGCAUUCUUGGUACGCAAGCUUUCAAGUCAAAACGGUGUGCAUCAGGAGUAACUACAGCCUGUGAGCUACAGAGUUCAACGCUAUCAAAUGGCCAGAUACUCAAUAUUAUUGAUACUCCUGGUCUGUUUAGUCUGUCUCCAUCAACUGAGUUUACCUGCAGAGAGAUUUUAAAUUGCUUAUAUCUGUCCAAAGAUGGGAUUGAUGCAGUGCUUGUGGUAUUCUCGGUGAGGAACCGGCUAACAGAAGAGGGGAAAUCUGCGCUUUUUGCGUUAAAGAUUCUUUUUGCACAAAUGAAGAUGCACUUGAAGAUGAUGGUGAAACGCUGGAGGAAUAUUUGGAAGAGUGCUCUGAUUUCAAGGUUAAGAAGUGUACUAUAUUCUUAG